UAGUCGCGAGUUGACCCGGAAAUGCUGCCCGGGAAAGCCGGUUGCCAUAGUGACGCGUCUUGUUAACGCUUCUUUAUUUAUUUUUAUUUGAUUGAGCUCGUCUUGAAACUGGAAGUUUAGCGCAUGGAGGAGAGACUCCAUCAGAAAUGCAGAAGCCGGAAGUAAUUAACUUUUUGGCCCUGGAACGGGAGCUUCAGUCAGCACUAGCAGCUGAUAAGAAAUACCAGCGAGAAAACGAUGCCAAGUUCCGCGCCAUUCAUCAGAAAGUGGGCUCCUACGAAGAGUUCAGGGACAUCGUUUUGGCGUCACACCUGAAGCCGCUGGACAAAAAGGAUAAAAUUGGAGAUGAGAGAAAACAGCCCUGGAACACCGUGGCAGCAUCUUCAGGUCAAAAGCCCACCUCAACAACAGAGGCCGCAACUCCAAUGCCACAGGAACACUUGAUUAUUCCACAAAGUGCAGCUGAGUUCUACCGGCAGUGGCGCAGGAACCUUCCCAGUGGAGCAGAGAAGUACUCCUUCUUAUUGUCACUUGGUGGAGAGCAUCUGUCUGCCAUUUUCAGAGCGGAGAUCGCAUUUGCACUGCUGGGCGAGUUUCUCCAGGUGCUUUUGGAAAACUUCUCCCCUAAAGACUGCAUGGCCGUGAUGACAAUCCUGUUGCACCUUCCGCGCACCCAGCGGUUCGGCCUUCACUUGGACUUCUUGGAUCAGGCCGAGAGAGAUGGCUGCAAGCAGCUGAUUGAGAAACUACAAAGGCUACAUGAAUGUGAUGGCCCCGGGUGCAAAAUGCAUUGUGGGAACUGGGCAAGCACCUCGGACACCUCUGGUUCAGCUGAGCCAUGUGAAAGCCUCGCUGGCUACUUAAGGAAGGUUUACAAAGUGUCACCCUGAGCCCCUCCACCGACUGCCUUUUACUUUUUAUAUUUUUUGAGAAGUGGCUAAGAUGAUGAGAGAGUCACGGCCGUCCUCUACUGGCUGCUGCUAUUGGCAUCCUAGUUAGGGAGUCAAACAGGCCAUAUUCAUUAAAAUAAAAUGUAUUUAUUAAAUGACUUUGUGACUGAU